AUGACGUCGGAUCCGGGAGCCGCUACAGGCUUUCAUGCCUCAGCCAGAUCGCCAGGCUUCCCUGCCUCCGCCGGCUCGUCAGGCUCUCAUGCCUCAGCCAGAUCGCCAGGCUUCCCUGCCUCCGCCGGCUCAUCAGGCUCUCAUGCCUCAGCCAGAUCGCCAGGCUUCCCUGCCUCCUUCGGCUCAUCAGGCUCUCAUGCCUCAGCCAGAUCGCCAGGCUUCCCUGCCUCCGCCGGCUCGUCAGGCUCUCAUGCCUCAGCCAGAUCAACCAGGCUUCCCUGCUCCUUCGGCUCGUCAGGCUUCUCAUGCCUCAGCCAGAUCACCAGGCUCCCUGCCUCCGCCGGCUCGUUAGGCCUCCUCCAUGCCUCAGCCGGAUCGCCAGGCUCCCCUGCCUCAGCCGGACCGUCAGGCUUUCAAGCCUUUUCCGGAUAG